CAAAAGCAAAAAAAAUAAUAUGAAAUGUGUCACCAUGGCAUGACGUGACGUUGAGUUCCUGCUCAAGAGACUGGGGUCUGUAUAUAAAUGCUAUAAAACCUGGAGGAGGGCCUAGACGAAGGCAGAGAAGGCUUGUGCUCCCAGCUCCUGAGGUUUGCACACAGACCACAAUGUACAAGAUCAUUAGCUGCACGCUUGUGGUGAUCUUCUACGCCAGUGUUACGGUUGGAAACCCACCAAAAUACUCUCGCCAUGACCCGGAUACGUAUAUUUUACAAUGUGACCAGUGCCCACCAGGGACCUUCGUUGUACAAGACUGCACAGCUGAGCAGAGAACAGAAUGUGCACCUUGCCCGCCCAAUCACUAUGCAGAUCAGUGGAACUCUGACAAAGAAUGCCAGUUUUGCAAUACCGUGUGUAAGGAGCUGCAGUAUGUGAAGCAGGAGUGUAACAGCACCAGGAACCGUCAGUGUGAGUGCGCUGCAGGACAUUUCCUGGAUGUGGAGUUCUGCAUCCCCCACAAUGAGUGUCCUCCUGGAUUGGGAGUGCUGCAGCAAGGUACUCCAGAGACUGACACAGUUUGUGGGGAAUGCCCCAAUGGAAUGUUCUCAAAUGUAACAUCUGCCACAGCUCCAUGUCAGAAACAAACCAACUGCAAGAGCCUGGGACUCAAAGUGGCUCAUAAAGGAACCUCUACGGAGGACACCGUGUGUGAAGAAGAAUCGAGAUUCUGUGAAACAGAUAUUAGUCUUUGUGAAGAAGCCUUGUUUCGGUUACCUAAGGCCAACUGGUCGGAUUUACUCGUUCAGAAAUUGCCACCAACUGCACUGAUGUUACAGCAAAUAGAGUCAAUUAAACAGAGCUAUGACCCCAAGGAUCAGCCAUUCUACUUGUUCAAGUUGUACAAGAGUCAAAACAAAGGGGACAUGUCUUUCAGAAAUUUAGUACAAGAUAUUAAAGACUGUGAAACAGGAGUCCUGAAGCAAAUUAGGCAUUUACCAUUGACUACAAAACAUCUCACUGCAUUGAUGCACAGUUUGCCGGGCAAACCAAUAAAAAAGGAGGAUAUAGAAAACACCCUGAAGUCAUGUGACCGACCAAAGCAAAUACUGAAGCUGCUUAGCUUGUGGAGAGACAAAAAUGGAGGAGACACCAUUGAAGGCCUCAAACAGCUAACAACCAGCAAGCUACCUAAAAUGUUAAGAAAGCCUGUGAAGAAACUGGAGCGGUUUCUGAACGGUGUUAAUAUGUACAGACUGUUUGAAAAAAUCAUUCUACAGAUCAAUGGCACACAAUCUCAUCUUGGCAAAUCAGAUUCGUUAUUAUGACUGGUGAGCAGGUAACUCACCAAUGGACCAUUUCAAGCUAUCUACCGAUCAUUGAACCUCAUGGCUUAAAGGAAAAUAGCAGAGCCUACCUUUAUUUUUUUCCCCCCAAGAAGCUGACUGGUUGAUGUAGGCAAUAUAGACUCUUUUCUUUCAAGCAAUUGUUAUGAGGUCCAUCAUGAUGAAACUGGAGACUUAUUCUGGUACCUUCUGUAUAAGCUUUAUUUAUGAAUAUUUUUGAAAGUAUUUUUUUAUAAUAUAUGCUUUAGUAAAGUGGAUUAAAACAGUUCUAUCUAA